UUGUGGUUUAGACUUUGUAGCAAACAAUAUUUCCAUAUUACAAAUCAACCUAAAGAGAGAAAUUUAAUUUUUAAUUUGGGAUUACAAUUUUGAUGGUGAAUCAAUCCCAAUAUCCCAUGAUGGAGCAAAAUGAAAAAAUAAAAAGGUAAAUUUCUUCAUGUGACCCUGCCAAUAGUGCCAUGCAAAGCUGUGGAUCCACAUGUCAACUUUACGAUCUAAACAAAUAUAACUGUUAAUGUCCAACGACAAACGCCACAUGAGUGAAGAAUUGCCUUCGUCAAUCAACUACAAAAUCAAAUUAACCUUCCAAAGGAAAAACAAAGCCAAAGACACAAAAUUAUCAUCCGUUACAACUUGUGUUGUCUCUGGCCUUUGAUUUAUGGGAGACAUAGAGAAAGAUUAUAAUCUCAAGCCCAGCUUUACACAGAUCGUGGUAGUCACAUCUAUUGGGUUGAUAUUUGUCAUAGCAAUACAUUAUCGCCUAAAGCAGAUUAGAGAUCAAAGGAUCAUCCCACGUUUAAGAUUAUCACGUGCAGGUCACACUCCAAAGCUUGAAAGGUUCUCUCAUUACGUAGCUAGGCAAAUGGGGUUCAAGGAUAGGAGAAUUUGUCCUCAACUAUGUAGAUUGGCUUCUGAAUACAUAAGCAAAUGUGAGGAGUGUGAAGAUGAUAUAUAUGCAUUCUUUGAGAAUGAACCGCAUGCAGAUUCACUCUAUGUCAAGCUAGUGGAGGAGUUUGAGAGAUGCAUUCUUAGUUAUUUUGGAUUUCAUUGGGACCAUUGUGAUAUAAUGAUAAGUCAGGUAUUGAGUUCUGACACUUUUGAGCCGAAAACAAAGUUGAAGCACAUAGUUAUGGCAGCUACAAGGGAUCAAAGGUUCGAGAGAGUUGCCAAGAAUCUGAAGGUGGCUAGUGUUUUUAAUACAUUAGUAGAAGAGAUGAAAGCAAUGGGAAUUGCAGUAAAUGAUGACUCUCAAUGUACAGAGGUAAUGGCUCCUGUAGCUCACAGUGAUAGGAGCCCAGUCCUUCUUCUAAUGGGGGGAGGUAUGGGAGCUGGGAAGAGCACUGUGCUCAAGGAUAUUCUCAAAGAACCUUUCUGGGCAGGAGCAUCUGGAAAUGCUGUAGUCAUUGAAGCAGAUGCCUUCAAAGAAUCACAUGUCAUCUAUAAGGCGCUUUCCUCAGGAGGCCAUCAUGACAUGAUUCGAACAGCCGAAUUGGUACACCAAUCUUCCACAGAUGCAGCAUCAUCCCUCCUGGUAACAGCAUUAAAUGAGGGCCGUGACGUAAUUAUGGACGGCACACUCUCCUGGGUGCCAUUUGUUGUGCAGACAAUAACAAUGGCUAGGAAUGUCCACCGCCGCCGUUACCGCAUGGGAGUUGGCUACAGGGUGAAUGAAGAUGGGACCAUAACUGAAAACUAUUGGGAACGGAUUGAAGAUGAAGAACCUGUACAAGUUGGAGGAAAAAAGAGAAAACCAUAUAGGAUUGAGUUGGUUGGAGUAGUUUGUGAUGCUUACCUUGCUGUUGUUAGAGGCAUAAGGAGAGCUAUCAUGAGUAGAAGAGCUGUAAGAGUAAAAUCACAACUGAAAUCACACAAGAGAUUUGCUGAUGCAUUUAUGACAUAUUGUCAAUUAGUAGACAAUGCCCGUUUAUACUGCACAAAUGCAUUGGAAGGCCCAGCCAAGUUGAUAGGAUGGAAAGAUAAAGACAGGACCUUGUUAGUUGAUCCCGACGAAAUUGACUGUUUGAAGAGAGUUGCAAAGUUAAACGAAGAUUCCAACUCCAUAUAUGAACUCUACAAACAACCCAAUCCAGCUUGCAAAGCUGGAUCAGUAUGGAAAGACAUUGUAUUAUCUCCCUCAAGGUUGAACAUCCAAAAGGAGCUCAAAUUUUCAAUCCAAGAAAUUGAACGCAUGAAAUGAAAACUUCAUGGAGCACAUAAAAACC